AUGUUGACUCUGACUCCCGUCAUAACUGUGUCCUAUGAAGUCAAGACUGUGUUUCUGGUCCUUUCAGUCCUGGAGUUUGCAGUGGGGAUUCUGGUCAAUGUCUUCAUUUUCUUGGUGUAUUUUCGGGAUGUGGUGAGGAGGCAGCCCCUGAGCACCUGUGAUCUUGUCCUGCUGAGUCUCAGCCUCACCCGACUUUUCCUGCAUGGACUGCUGUUUCUGGAUGCCAUUCAUCUUACUCACUCCCAGCGGAUGAACCACCUGCUGAGCUUCAGGUACCAAACCAUCAUCAUGCUCUGGAUGAUCAUAAACCAAGCCGGCCUCUGGCUCACCACCUGCCUCAGCCUCCUUUACUGCUCUAAGAUCGUCCGUUUCUCUCAUGCCUUCCUGCGCUGCUUGGCCAGCUGGAUCUCCAGGAAGAUUUCUAGGAUGCUCCUGUGUACUCUCCUUUUCACCAGUGUAUGCACUAUCAUCUGUUCUUGGGACUUUUUUAGUAGAUCUCACUUCACAAUCACAACUGUGCUAUUCAUGAGUAACAAUUCAGAAUUCAAUUUGCAAAUUGCAAACCUCAAGUUCUUUCAUUCCUUCCUCUUCUGCAGCGUGGGGUCCAUCCCACCUUUCUUGUGUUUUCUGGUGUCUUCUGGGGUGCUGAUUGUCUCCCUGUGCCGCCAUAUGAGGACAAUGAGGGCCAAGACCAUGGACUCCUGUGACCCUGGCCUGGAGGCCCACAUCAAAGCACUCAAAUCCCUCAUCUCCUUUCUCUGCCUCUUUGUGGUGUCAUUAUGCACUGCCCUCCUCUCAGUGCCUUUACUGGUGCUGUGGCACCACAAGAUCAGGGCCAUGGUCUGUGUGGGGAUAAUGGCAGCCUGUCCCUCAGGGCACGCAGCCAUCCUGAUCUCAGGCAAUGCCAAGCUGCGGAGAGCUGUGGACAGCAUUCUACUGUGGGUUCAGAGCAGCUGA